GGGGCCACAGCAGGGGCUCCCAGUAGGGGAUGGAGGCGAAAGGAGCGGGGCGCAGGGGACUCUGCCUUGCUGUGCUCUGUGCGGGCAUCGCACUUGCCCUCAAAGGAGAGGGUCUGAGGGACCACAACAUCACCCAGCACAGUGAUAUCUUGGAGGCGACGGGAGCCCCCACCACAGCCACCAGGGAUGUGACAAUGGGACCAGUGAGCUCCCCCAGCCCCUCUGGUACUGGGAACCCCAUCACCAUCACUGUGCCACUGCAAGCAGGUGCCCCAGGGAACCAAACCCGAAAUGAAUCGGGUUUUCCCAUCAGGUACUGGUCCCCCGUCAUUUUCGUGGUCCUUGCUCUGCUCGUGCUCUUCUUCACCUACCGCAGGACCAAAGGCAACGGGACACAAGAGCCAACCACCUCCAUCAGUGACUUUUCAGAUGUGGCCACCGCAGAAAACGACACAGCUCUGACUGUACCUGAUGCCCAGAAGAGUGCAGACAACCCUCCACCCCAGGAGCUGAGCAAGACCACCUCCUGCCAGCCAGCCCCCCCCUCAGAACAGUCUUCCCAGCAGCCCACAGACCCCAUCACUGGAGGCAGUCCCCUCUGCUCUGGGGUUCCAGUUGAUGACUGAGGGUGAAGCAGGGGAGCCAGCAGCUUUUGGACACCCUGAAGGAGCACGAGGCCACUCCAAAAAGACAAGCUGUGCCAACACACACCUGGGCAGGGGACAUCAUAAUGGAUGCUGAAGGACGUGAGCAUCACACACCACCUCAGACCUGCCUAUGGAUGCUCUGGUGCAUGGCCACCUCCCUGCAAAAUGGGGACCUGCGUGGGACACGUGUGCAUUUACUGCACCCAAGGAGAGGGCUUGGGGGGGGAGUCACAACAGAGCCAAUAAAGCAGCCUUUUGCCCCAGAAA